AUGCGACUCCCAGCUACCUCACAAGCGUCGAGUGCUGCGGCUGCUGCAGCACCUACGGCUAAAACUGCUACUAGCCCGGCUGUACCGAAUGCUGUCUCCAACUCGCCAACAGGUUCUGCCCCGGGAAACAAUGGUGGCACCGGUGGUAGCAACUCCGGUGGUGGCUCAGGAGACAGCUCAGGUGGCAGCACCGAGAGUGGGUCUGGAAGCGGUUCUAGCUCUGGUUCUGGUUCUGGCGCAAGCUCCGGGUCCGGAUCAGGUUCCGGGUCCGGCUCAGGUUCAGGUUCCGGCUCAGGUUCAGGUUCCGGCUCAGGUUCAGGUUCCGGCUCAGGUUCUGGCUCCGGCUCCGGCUCCGGCUCCGGGUCGGGUGGCGGUGGUGCGGCGACACUAUCUACAGCUGCCUCCUUGGAUGAUGCGCUGAUAUUUGCAGGCUGUGGCAACUUCUUGGAUUUUCUCAAGUCCGACCCUGAUCUCUGGGCACUGUACAGCUCUGCGUCUGUACAGACCAUCUUUGCUGUUGGCGACAAAUACUUCAACGGCACUAUGCCCACUUCACAAACCCCAGCAGUCAACCUGCACCGUCGCACGCUCUCGCCCGCUGACGUGCAAAGAGCCCAGCUGGCGGCCGGAAAGGAAGAGACGAAUCUCGCACGUCUGCGCGCGAUCCCUGGUGCCACAAUCUCGACCAACGACGCGGCCGCUGAUCUCCAUGGCUCGACCCAGGUGGUAGUGUCCGAUUACCGCCGGCUCAACGCCCAAAACUCCCUCCACGCCCGCGACAACAGUUCGGUCAGCACCAACACGACUUCAACCAACGCCACUGUCAUCCUCUACUCGGGCCUUGGCGAAUCCGUCUCGCUCUACAACCCCGACAUCUACUAUGCCGGUGGUGUCAUCCAGGUGCUUGACGGGUUCUUCACCAUUCCGGCCACGCUGUCGCAGACAGACGAUAUCCUGGGCUACUCCCAGUUUGCCAACCUCGUUGACACGGCCGGCCUCACGGAUACUCUUGACAACACCUCGUCCAUCACUGUCUUUGUGCCAAACAACGCCGCUGUGCAGUCGGCGCAGCUAUCGGCAUCACUAUCGGCUUCGGACAUCCAGAAUAUUGUUGAGGACCAUGUUGUGGUCGCACUUGACAAUGACACUGUCGGUUAUCUGCCGAAUCUCAGUGACGGGCAGGUGCUGACAACCAAGAAUGGCAAGAAGCUGUCCAUUACCGUCGACGGUAACAACAACUACUAUGUCAACGGCGUGCUCAUCACCACAUCCAACAUCGUCCUGACCAAUGGUGUGGUCCACAUUGUCGAUGAUAUUCUCGUGGCGUCAGCGUCCUCGGCCGCCGGCUGGUCGCUACAGCGCGGUGCCAACACGUACGUGGCCGUUGGUGUGGCCGUGUCCACCGUCAUCUUUAGCCUUGUGGUCUUAUAA